CCGUAUAUUGAUUGUGUGCGAGGGGCCGGGGGCGAGGGGGCCACAGCGUGCCCCACUCUGUUUUUUACGACACGGCUUUCUGUGUAACAUAAUAAGUUAUUUAAAAAUUUUGUGAAAUGUUUCCGUAUUAUUUGUGAAAUAUUGGGAAGUCGAAAAAGCGCUAACGAGAUGCAGGGGCUGGUGAGCGACAAGACGUUCCACCUCAAGUGGAACAACCACCUGCAGAACCUGAGCCAGCUGUUCACGGCGAUCUACUCGUCGUCGGCGCUCGCGGACGUGACGCUGUCCUGCCGGGAUGGCACGCUCAAGGCGCACAAGCUGGUGCUGUCCGCCUGCAGCCCCUACUUCGAGCAGAUAUUCAAGGACAACCCAUGUCAGCACCCCAUCGUAAUAUUGAAGGGUAUACCCUUCUCGGAGAUCAAUCUCCUCGUGGAGUUCAUGUACAAGGGGUCGGUGGACGUCCAGGAGCUGGACCUCCAGUCGCUGAUGCACACGGCAUCCGAACUGGAGAUACGAGGCCUCGCGUACGAGCCCCGAGAUAAUGCCGCACAACUUCUGAAUGUGAACUUGGAGUAUCCAGCAUACAACCAAAAUGCUACUACGGCGACUGUCACUACGGCACAGCCUUACAACCCAGCCAGGACAGACAUAGAAAGAUUAAAACAGAUCCACAUGUAUCAGCAGUCCAUGAUGCGGGCGGAGGAGGUGCGGCGGCGGCGACGCGAGGACGUCCCACCCACCACGCAGACCGCCGUCAACAACAUCCUGGCCGCCGCCGCGCGCGAGAUGGAGGAGGCGCGCCACGCGAGACAGGACCGCAGUGUUGCUGCUGCGGCUGCCAUACAGAUGGAAGUUGACGCGACACCAACACCAGAGAAGCGCGAUGAAGAAGACAAGCCGAAGAAGCGCGUCUCCAUCAUGUCGCCUGAUGAUGACAAGCUCCGCGCCAAGAAGAAGACCAUGACCGUGCGUUUCCAAGACGAGAAGGACACCACGGACGCGCCGAAAGCCACGUCACCAGCUGCAGGAGUCACUCUACGGGUGAAAGCUAACACUUGGCAGCCAGCGAAAAUAUGCGCAUCAGGCGAGCAGAAGGGUGAGGAGCAAAAGCCGGGCGGUAUCAAGGUGGUGCAGCUGGCUGUGCUACAGAAACCAGCCAACUCUGCCCCCACACCCGCCAACCAUGAUGAUGAUUCUGACGACAAAGGCAAGCAAAUGGAAGACGACGAGGAGACAGACUCGAGCGGGUCCAUCUCCGACUCCGGCGCGCAGGAGAACAACGACGGUAGGCCGCACGUCUGCGAUGUCUGUGAACUAAGGUUUCAGCGCUCCUCCCACCUGUCUCGACAUAAACUCACUCACACCGGCGAGCGACCGUUCACGUGCGGCGGCUGCGGACGCUCGUUUGCACGCUCCGACAAGCUGCGCGUCCACACUAAGAUCUGCGAGCGGGUACGUACGACGUACACGCACUCGCAACAUGAAGACCCAACAGUGGACAUGACCAGUGACGCCACGGCCGUCAAGAAAGAGAACAACUCCGAAGUAAUGUCGGGUAUGGUGCGGACCACGCAUCGGGAGUCGGGCCAUCUCGUGUUCACCCCGAGCGGUGACGUCAUGCUGCCCCCACGGACCCCAUCUAACCCCAUCGUGCUAAACGCCACGCUAGAACCCGUGAAGAACGAGAUAAGCCCGGGGGAUUUAAUACCCCCACGCCGGGGUAGGGGCAGACCCCGCAAAACCCCGUUCCCCCUAACGCCUAAGAUCAAGAAGAAGAGGGGAAGACCGCCCAAGACGUCACUCGAUAUGGAGGGGUGCGUGCUGACAGGCGGUACUGUUGUGGGCGGCAGCGCGGCGCACCUCGCGCUGUCCCCGGCCGGCCAACAGCUGCUGUUGAAGCGCAAGCGCGGCCGCCCGCCCAAGAACUACCUGCUGCCCAGACCCGGUCUCGAUAUGACGUCAAUGCCGUUCGGACUAGCCGCAGAAAUGAGCAAGAUUUAUGGCCGACCUAACGAGAACUACAACGCUACAAACCUCCCCUUCGGUGACUUCUCGUAUCUAACCGAGAUGAUGUACAAUCCGAUGUACCCUUACGUCACGAGCGUCGACCCGGACCGCAACGUCGAUGCAGACGCCCACGAUGCCCACGACGGCCGUGAUCGCACCAUCGACGUGAGCGACUCGUCGUCGGAUGAUGAAGAUGGUUCCCCAGAUGACGCGCCGCCGCCGCCUGAGCAGAUUAUGACGGUGGGCGACUGUCAGAUCGUGAAGAUCCCGGCCGAGGACAAGGAGCCGCCGCCGGCGUCGCCCGCGCCCCCCGCGCCGCCCGCCCCCACCGCCUCCUCCGCCGUCACCAUAACGCCCAUCACUACCGUCGGCGACUGCACCAUCCGCCCCGUGGCUGACACAUAGGCACUCGGAUAAGCAGGUGUACCAGAUUUGGUACGUAUGCCAGAUAUGGUACGCCAAGUGUGCCAGAUUUGGUACGCCACGUGUGCCAGAUAUGGUACGCCACGUUUACCCGAUAUGGUACGUUAUAGGUACGUAGUACUCGACCCGUACCGCGUUUGGCCGACAUGACUUAGUCCGGAGAUAAAAGGAUAAGCGAUAUUUGGUUUAAACAUCAAAAAUUACGAGUACUCUUCCAAACCAGUUGCUUACUUCCAGAUCAUCACAAUUAAAGCGAGAUGCCAAAUUACAAAUUUAACCGAAUAUCGCCUAACUUUUCCUAUAUCUUCGCAACUGGCGAGCGUCAAUGUAAAGUUUCGUCCAGUUCGUGCAUUCGUCCUAUCAUAGGCCACGACGUCUUCCUAACGAAAUGGAUGGAACUAGACGGGUGAUAUUAUUGUGGUAGCAUUUGAAACCGACGACUUACAUAUCCUAUGUAUUAUGUAUACGUUGACACCGCUAUAUCUGUUCAGGAUGUCGCCAUUUUGACAAUUGCUGUUGAAAUUGUUCUGUAAUUUCUGAGACUUUUUAUUUCCCUUAUGUCUAACUGAUGUCAAAACUUUAUUUUAACGUAGCACUUCACAGUAUAGCGUUAAUUUUAUUUCUUUAUAUUUUAUUGUUGGAUUUAGGUAAUACGCAGUAUGUCUUUUAUUUUAAAAACGUGAAAUCAAGUAUUGUUAUAUCGCGAUCAUUGUCUUCCUAGAGAGAAAAGAUGUGAAUACCAAAAUAUAAAAAUUAUUUUGAUCCAAAGACGAACAGUUACUAAAAUUGAUAUACAAAUUACAAACAUAUCUAAACGUUUGCUUAAUUGAACACGUUCAAUGCAGCUUCACGCGACGUCGCGUAAGGUAAAACAUGGGUUAAAUACCGCGUAGUCGCGUGAUGAUAAACCAAUAAUAUUAUAAAGUUGAGUAUUUCGAGUCAGCAAUGAUUUGAAAAUUCAAGACACUCGCCAAACUGGUGUAAUGCUACUACAAUGAUGAACAAAACUAAUUGACUGUCAAAAAUGCAUUUAAAUUGGUGGUGAAUGGUUAAUUUAUCGGGAGGUAUAUUGUAUUCGUUGAAGCUUUACCGUCGGCAGGGCACGCGUUUGUACUAUCAACACAGAAUAUGGUUUAACUAUGAUAUACAAUGGAAAAGUCACGAUUUUUUACACUUAAAUACUAGGAUUCGAUUCACAUAAUUCGAAUGUCAUUUCAAUCGCGAAUGGUCUCAUUUCCGCACACAUAUUACUGUCCCGUGCUAGAGAGACAUCCCGCCCUAGUAUACAAGUGGCAAGCGAUUAUCGUAAACGCUAACAAAAUGAA